CGUUAUUUAGAAUUGAUCCUAUGCAAGAUUUUCAUUGGUCAUUCAAACGUACCUGUUGAUUUCAUUAUGAAAUUACUGACCACGCUUGCAUUUGCCAAGACCGUCUAGUGGACACAAGCCUAUAGUAGUUGUUUUAUUCCAACAUGGGUGUACAAUGUUGAAAUUCAACAAGAAAUCCUCAGCUUGGCAGAUAUUGUUUAUCCUGACCAGUCUCUUCGUCUACCUCUGUCUGUACUCAAACGUUUUCGAUGGUUUACGGGCUAUCCGGGGAAACUUCGUGUACACAGUAGUGAAAAGAGAUCUAUCAUCGUUGUUGCACCACCAGUUCCGGUCUGUGUCCUACUACCUACAGCUUCUCGAGCAGAUGGGAACACAACCGGAAGUUCUGGCUUUAAAUGGAACCACCGCUGUCGCCUUCAAUGUUCCGACUACGACCCCGCUAGCAACGACACCGAUUAUCCUCGAAAACGUCGACAAUACGUUACUGGACAUGUUAAAAGUUCGUAUUCUCUCCAACUCAACAUUACCGUUGCUUACACUGUUCUCCUCAUGGAAUGCAAAUCCAAAAAAAAAUCUCGUUCAUAAUCUCACUCUUAUUAACUGGAGGUCAUUGCACCCUUAUGUGAUCCCGGUUGUUUUCUCGAACGAGAGUUCAAUUAUAAACGAGUGUAACCAGGCGAGCGUCAUAACGUUGCCGCUUUCGGCCGUUGCAGCAGGCGGCAUUCCGGUGCUGAAGUACAUGUAUCGGGACGUCAUGAACCUUUUUAAUACGUCAUUUUAUGCUUUUAGUAACGGUGACAUUCUUUUCACAAAAGAAUUGAUCCACACGUUGGCUCAGAUGAUUAAGUCAACAACGGAGGAUAUGAGAAAGCCUAUUUUAAUUGUUGGACGCAGAACCAACGUCGAACACAUCACGAUAGAUGAGGGAUCCGAUUGGGGUAAUAUUACACGCAUUUCGAAAAGUAAAGGCAAACUGUUUACCCACGUAGCUGAGGACUACUUUAUUACUACGCAAACGUAUCCGUGGAAUGAUGUUCCGGAAGUUGUGAUAGGGCGGAGGGCUUAUGACAAUUGGUUAGUCUAUAAUUCGAGAAAAAUGAAAUACAAUGUAAUUGACGCUACCAAUACUAUCCUGGCUGUACAUCAGACCACGCAGGCAGGAAAUUUCGAAGGUCAUGGUCAUUCUAACAGAGACUACAAUCAUAAUUUAUUAACCAAAAUGUACAAAAAUAUAAAAUAUUAUGCCGGCGGAUUAGCGUGCGUGGAAAGGUUUACUCAAUACAAAUCCAAACUAUUUCAGAUCAAAACGAGAAAAGUGCAUCCGACAUGCGGUGUAUAAUAUUAUUGGUAAAUAUUUACUAAGUAGUUAUUUUUUUGUUUUAUUAUAUUAUAUGUUUAUGUUUGGCUGAAACGUUUAAAAUAUGUAAUUGUACUGUCAUGCCAUUAUUCUUUGCUUUAUUGUUAUAAUUUUGACAAUCGGAAUUGUAAUGGUCAUCAAAUAAAUA